AGAAAACCGGGGGAUCUUCAAUGCUGUGUAAAUUUUUCUUACCUUCAGGGUCUUUGCAGGUUAAUAUUUUGAAGAUGUAGAAUAUGUAUUUGAAAAUGCCCUUUCCUGGGUUCUGAAUAGGAUGCAGUGGAAGAAAACAACUUUCCAUACACAAUAAACUGAUUGUUCAAUUAUUCAUACUCAUACAAAAGAAGAAUCAUGUUAAUUAAAAAAUUAUAUUCGUGCAUGUUUUAAAAAGGCUUUUUUGGUAUGUUGACUUCAAUGCGGGCUUCUUUGAAAUUGUGCAGUUUCACAACACGUCAGACAACAUAAUGCAGAUACAGCGAAAAGACUCCUUUGAGGGGAAGCUCCGAGUCCCUCAGCUUUCCCCCACACAUUUCCACUGCCUCCUCUUGGUCUCCAGGACACCUCAGGUACUAGGUCCUAGCCUGGGUUCGGCUGCUCCCUUCCUCUCUGCUGAUAAUUUAAAAGGACAGGCACAGCCUUUGGAACGGGAUGUCAUUUCUCAGUCCUGAUAUAGAAAAUGAGAGAAAUCCGUAACUACAACCUUAGGAAACAGAAUUACGGAUUCCUUCCCUUCCAGCUCCUGCUGACUUAACCUGCAAGGGCAAUAAACCAAUGAAUGUGGUGACAGAGUCAAUGGGAACUGACAUAAACAAGCAAUAAAUGCCUACUUCCUGGACGAUGAGUAAAUAAUGGAAACGGGAUGAUUUCAGAAUAAAAAAUUAGAGGUCAUAGGGUUUUUAAUAUCUCUUCUCAAAAAGGUACUUAAGAUUUGACCAGAGCAUUCGUAUUCGAUUGAUUUAUCGAGGCUUAGUUUUGACCAAGCACAACCAAAAACUGUAUUUCACGGAGGAUGGUCACAGACAUGUCUAGAAACGUCAUCUGCAGGCUGCUGAGGGUCACCUCCUGGCUGGGGGUCUCUCACCCCUGCCUCCGGCCCUGCUGUCAUCUCACAGCCCACUUUUAUUUUAAACUUGCUGAGGGUUUGCAACCAAGUAAACUCGCUAGUGAGAAUCAAACCCUUAGGGUCUCUCUGAUGAAUCAACACGGGCUCGAUUUUGUCCCAUGCGGACCUGUUCGUAGCUGCUCUGGCUCUCAAGUUUAGGUCAAGGGAAGUUUCCAGACAGCCUAACAUUUGGGGAGGAGUUACAGUUUUCCUCUCGCUAAUCCAAAGGGUAAUCAAAGGCGCAGGUGAGUCCCCAAGUCAGCAGACGGGAAAUCAAUGUGCCCCUGUGCCCUAACUCCAGCGCGCGGCAGUCACGUGGGAAGCGCGUGGCAAAGGUCCCGGGCCUCUUUGAGCAUCACUUCCACUACCCUUGUGGCGAGUGGUCUCCACACCGCACUCCAUGUGGAGUCACAAGCCAGAGCAGAAAAGGACGGACCCAGCCCCAUCAUCCAGCUCCGACCGGGUUAUGGAGCAAGGGCAACGUGGCCGAGAGCCACAGCCUAACCCUAACCCCGAAAGACAGUCUAGAGUGCCCGUCCGUGGGCACAUUAAAGGCACAAAGCCACCCUGCUCCUCGGGUCGAGUCCCUCAGGCCGGUCGCUUCCCCUCGGCGCCCCCACCUGUUGUGAAGCUCCCACGAGCUCCCUGUCCAAGUGCUUUGGGAACUGUCAAAGAAUGGCCAGGCGACCAUAAAUAUGCAGAAGACAUGGAGCUAAAUAGCGGCCGUGCGGGCGGUGCCAAGGCCGGGCGGGCGGCGCCGGCGCACUCCGGGCACCGAGCCUGCAAAAGGGGCCCCGGGCGGGCGGCCGGACACCUGGCAGACGGUGGGCAGCGGGCUCCGCGGCCGCCGCCCCGGGGCUCCGCGGCCGACCCUUCGCCCGCCGCCGCGCCCGGCCCGCUUCUCCCGGGCCCCCGUCCCGAGCCCCGGCAGCGCUCUCUCUCCCCAGCGGCCCGGCCCGGCCGCAUGGAGCCCGGCGCGGUGCCCCGGACGACCGAGCCCUCCGCAGCGAGGGACGCAGCAGCCCGCCACAGCGAGUCUCGCAGGCGCCGCUGA